AGAGCAGGAAGUGUUUGAGGAAGUCGCGCUGGGCUGGCAGGUUUAAGAUUCCCGCAUUUUAAUGUCUGCGGGGAGGUGCCAGAGCCCCCGGUUUCGCCGCCCCAGCCCCCCCCUCCCCCUCCCGGGGGAGCGGCUCCCCUGCCCCGCACUCCUGCCAACAGAGUUAGCACGGCACCAGUAUGAGCUGGUCACCUUCUCUGCCAACCCAGACGUGUGGGGCCUGGGAGAUGAAAGAACGACUCGGGACAGGGGGAUUUGGAAACGUCAUCCGGUGGCACAAUCAGGAAACAGGUGAGCAGAUUGCUAUCAAGCAGUGCCGGCAGGAGCUCAGCCCCCGGAAUCGAGAGCGGUGGUGCCUGGAGAUCCAGAUCAUGAGAAGGCUGAACCACCCCAAUGUGGUUGCUGCCCGGGACGUCCCCGAGGGGAUGCAGAGCUUGGCUCCCAAUGACUUGCCCCUGCUGGCCAUGGAGUACUGCCAGGGAGGAGAUCUCCGCAAGUACCUGAACCAGUUUGAGAACUGCUGUGGCCUUCGGGAAGGACCCAUCCUUACCUUGCUGAGUGACAUUGCCUCUGCACUUAGAUACCUUCAUGAAAACAGAAUCAUCCAUCGGGAUCUAAAGCCAGAAAACAUCGUCCUGCAGCAAGGAGAGCAAAGAUUAAUACACAAAAUUAUUGACCUAGGAUAUGCCAAGGAACUGGAUCAGGGCAGUCUUUGUACAUCCUUUGUGGGCACCCUGCAGUACUUGGCCCCAGAGCUCCUGGAGCAGCAGAAGUACACGGUGACCGUGGACUACUGGAGCUUCGGUACCUUGGCUUUCGAGUGCAUCACCGGCUUCCGCCCUUUUCUCCCUAACUGGCAGCCCGUGCAGUGGCACUCCAAAGUCCGGCAGAAGAGUGAGAUGGACAUCGUUGUCAGUGAGGACCUGAACGGAGCCGUGAAGUUUUCAAGCUCCUUACCCUACCCCAAUAAUCUCAACAGCAUCCUGGCACAGCGACUAGAGAAGUGGCUGCAGCUGAUGCUGAUGUGGCACCCACGACAGAGGGGCACUGAUCCUGUGUAUGGGCCCAACGGCUGCUUCAAGGCCCUGGAUGACAUCUUAAACCUGAAGCUGGUUCAUAUCUUGAACAUGGUCACAGGCAUCAUUCACACCUAUCCAGUGACAGAGGACGAGAGUCUGCAGAGCUUGCAGGCCAGAAUCCAGCAGGACACAGGAAUCCCUGAGAAGGACCAGGAGCUGCUGCAGGAGGCUGGGCUGGCGCUGAUCCCUGACAAGCCUGCCGCUCAGUGUAUUUCAGACGGCAAGCUGAAUGAGGGCCGCACGCUGGACAUGGAUCUCGUCUUUCUCUUUGACAACAGUAAAAUUGCCUAUGAGACUCAGAUCUCCCCCCGGCCCCAACCUGAAAGUGUCAGCUGUAUCCUUCAAGAGCCCAAGAGGAACCUGUCUUUCUUCCAGCUGAGGAAGGUGUGGGGCCAGGUCUGGCACAGCAUCCAAACCCUGAAGGAGGACUGUAACCGGCUGCAGCAGGGACAGCGAGCUGCCAUGAUGAAUCUCCUUCGGAAUAACAGCUGCCUCUCCAAGAUGAAGAAUUCUAUGGCUUCCAUGUCUCAGCAGCUCAAAGCCAAGUUGGACUUCUUUAAAACCAGCAUCCAGAUUGACCUGGAGAAGUACAGUGAGCAAACGGAGUUUGGGAUCACGUCAGAUAAGCUGCUGCUGGCCUGGAGGGAAAUGGAACAGGCUGUGGAGCUCUGUGGGCGGGAGAACGAGGUGAGGCUCCUGGUGGAGCGGAUGAUGGCGCUCCAGACCGACAUCGUGGACCUGCAGAGAAGCCCCAUGGGGCGGAAGCAGGGCGGCACGCUGGACGACCUAGAAGAGCAGGCAAGGGAGCUUUACAGGAGGCUUCGGGAGAAACCCAGAGACCAGCGAACGGAUGGCGACAGUCAGGAGAUGGUCCGGCUGCUCCUCCAGGCCAUCCAAGGCUUUGAGAAGAAAGUGAGAGUGAUUUAUACGCAGCUCAGUAAAACUGUGGUAUGCAAGCAGAAGGCUCUGGAAUUGUUGCCCCAGGUGGAAGAGGUGGUGAGUUUAAUGAAUGAAGAUGAGAAGACUGUUGUCCGGCUUCAGGAGAAGCGGCAGAAGGAGCUCUGGAAUCUUCUGAAGAUCGCUUGUAGCAAAGUCCGUGGUCCUGUCAGUGGAAGCCCAGACAGCAUGAAUGCUUCUCGCCUCAGUCACUCGGGUCAGCUGCUGUCUCAGCCUUCUGCUGCCCCCAACAGCUUACCCGAGGCCAUCAAGAAAAGUGGAGAGCUGGUGACUGAAGCACACACCCUGUGUUCGCAGCUAGAACAUGCAAUGCAAGACACCAUCAAAGAACAGGACCAGAGUUUGAGGUCUCUAGACUGGAGCUGGCUACAGACAGAGGAAGAAGAACAGAACAGCUUGGAACAGGCCUCUUGACUGUGUGGGUGGCCUUGACCACCUGAUGGGGCUGCCUGGCCUGAGGUUCUCCCAUGCUGGCCCCCUGCUCUAACGACGUCCCAGAAGUCGUCGGCACCCAGACAAAGGAUCCUCUCACUUUCCCUGGGAAUUAUGACAUUCACCGCGGGCCAGGGGUGUGGCCCUCCAUGGGCACUACCAGCAACGUCGUCUGCACACUGGAAAGUCCUCCCUCACAGAGGCUCAGCAAACACUGAGGCCAGGCAUGAGCUGCUUCCCCUGCUCUGGAAAUGUGCGUGAGGUACUUGCCCCACAAACCGCUGGACAAAUGUCUAAUGGGACUCUUUCAGGACAAAGUAUGAAUGACACUUGUUAGCCUGUCCUCUCCUGACCCCUCCCGAUCUCCAGAGGCCCUGAUCCACCUGUCCUCACAGCUAGUGUUUCAUCUGGAUUCGGAACCAGCCAGACUUAAACGGUAGACUUGCCUGGCCCCAUUCUUUCUCUUCUUCUUUUCAUUUCACUGCUGCUAAAACGUCCCUUUCCCCAACAACUUUAGUGGUCGUGCUCCCUCCUAGGUACACGCUAGCUCUCCCCGGCCACCAUCCUUUCCACCACAGGGUGGCUCGCGAGAGCCAGUGCAGAGGA